AUGCCUCCGAAGAAGGCAUCGGGGCUGACCGCCUCCAAGAAGCGGCCGCACGAGGCACCGGUCAAGGGUCGCAAGUCGUUCGCGGGAAGCAGGCAGAAGGUGGCGAAGGGCGCCGCCGCCGCCGCCGACAAGGAUGACGACGCCGAAGGGGACGACAUGCUCGAGGACGCGCUCGACGAGGACGACUUCGGCCGCAAGAAGGGUCGCAAGGGAGGCGACAGCGACGACGACAGCGACGAGGAGGUCAAGGAGACCGCCGACGAGAAGCGUCUGCGCCUGGCCAAAUCCUACCUCGAGAAGCUCCGAAGAGAAGAGGCGGAGGACGGGUCGGGGUCCGAGGAGGAGGACGACGAGGACAACAUCCGAAACAUGGACAGCCACGACAGGCUGGCGAACAGGCUCAAGAACGAGGCGAUGGCCAAGUCGGGCCGCGUGCGCCGGGAGAUUGCGCACCGCGUCGUCGCGCCGACGCUCGACGCCGACUCCGACGUCGAAGACGAAGACGACGAAGACACAGCUGGCGACGCGUGGAGGGACGUACGCCGCGGGCAUAAGCUGUCGGUGACGGGCAUGGCGCUCACCUCGGACGAUUCCACGUGCUACACGGUGUCCAAGGACGGCGGCAUCGCCAAAUGGGACAUCGAGACGGGCGCGAGGACGCGGUUCCCCCGCGCGCCCCCCGCGGUUGUCGACCCGAGCCGAGGCGGCGGCGGACCGAUGGCGCCGCCGAAGUGCGGCGCCGCGACGUUGCUGUGCUGCGCGGUGUCCCAGGAGCACAACCUGCUGUGUACCGCGGGUGCCGACAAGCGCAUCCACGUCUGGGACACGCGAACCGCGAAGAAGGUGCACGAGUUUGCGUCGCACCGAGGCGCGGUGACUGGCCUCGCGAUUCGCGAUGGCACCGGGCAGAUGUUCUCCUCGUCUACGGAUAAGACCCUCAAGGUGUGGUCCCUCGACGACAUGGCGUACGUUGACACCCUGUUCGGACACCAGAGCGACGUCCUGGGCGUCGCGCCGCAGCGCAAGGAGCGCGUGGUGACGGUGGGAAGGGACAGGACGUGUAGGUUUUGGAAAGUCGCCGAGGACUCGCAGCUCAUCUUCCGGCCCGGCCCGAGCGGUGGUCAGCUCGAGAGCGUCGCGUUCACCUCGUCGGACACGUGGAUCACGGGCGCGGACGACGGGACCGUGGCGCUGUGGUCCACCACCAAGAAGCGCGCGGUGAUGGAGUGGAAGAACGCGCACGGCUUUGGCGAGGAGAUGACGGGCCCAAAGUUUGCGACGGGAGAUGAGGUCGACGCCGCGAUCGAGUCCAGACUCGACGCCCAGGCGGCGUGCGGGAUGCCGGAGGAACCGGAACCGCCCGAGGGCGUCGGCUCGUGCGGACGUUGGGUCAACGCCGUGGCCGUGUCCAAGGGUGGAGACCUGUGCGCGUCCGGGGCUGGCGACGGGGCGAUUCGCAUGUGGAGGGUGUGCGACGAUCCGGGUCGGCAGCUCAUGCCGCUUUUCGCGUUACCGGCGCGGGGUUUCGUCAACUCCCUCGCGGUGGCCAGCAGCGGUAGGUUCGUGCUCGCGGGAAUGGGUCAGGAGCCGAGGCAGGGACGCUGGGGCAGGGACGCGCAGGCGAGGAACGGCCUGCUGAUGCACAGGCUCACGCUCGAAGAUUAA